AUGGCGAGGAAUUCAGGGAUUUUGAUACGACAGUUGUUUGGCAAUUGGAGCAACCCCUGUGUAGGUCUUCUUCAUCAUCGUCGUAAGCUUCUUCCUAGUUCCAUCCGAACCCUAACCCUAACUUCAAUCCCGAGUACAACACCAUGUUUACCUUCCCCUUGCAAAUUACGUUUGUCCUCCCCAAACCUUCAUUUUAAGGAACGCUCCGAUAAAGGUCUUAUAUUUUCAAGGCCCGCAAACAUGGUGAUCAUUUCGAACAAGGAUGACUAUGACAGGGCAAUUAAACAAGUUACAGAUGGACUUUGGCCAGCGGUUUUCUACUUUGUUGCUUAUGACCACACACCUUUGUGGACUUGUUCAAGUUUUAAGCUUCGUAGGCUUAGGGAGGAAUUCCCACAUGUAACCAUAUAUAAGGUUAUCGGUACACCCGUGAAUGACAUGGAGGAAAUGUGGAACUAUACGAAAGCUGACCUAAUGCCAGCAUUCCAUUUCUAUCUAAAUGGGGAAAAGGUAGGUGGCAUUCGUGAAUCUAAGAAGUUGCAAGAUAUUUUUGCAGAGCUCUACAGGAAUGUCGUCCCGGUCGAAGCCACUCAACCUAUGGGUUCAUCUGGGAUGGGGGAAAGGAGAGCUGAAAAACUUGUCAUACAAGCUAAGAAAGAUGAGAAUGACAAAGGAAGUGUGAGGGCAUUAUCACAAUGGAGACGUGCCACAACACUGUCACAACUGAGAGGUGCUGCAUCCUUGGCACAAGGGAGUGGUGGCCUUGUUGAGGCAGUUGAGAGCAGUACUGCACCUUCACUUGAUGAAGUGAUGCAGGCUGUCGAAUCUUUACCUGGGGGAUUUGCCAAAAGUCUUUUGUGGUGGUUUGCAAGAGGGCUAUUUAAAUAUCAACCUAAGAAGAGAGUGAUGUUUUCAAAAGUGCAAGGUCCUUACUUCAAGGUUGCUUGGCUUAUGCAUGAAAUGGCUGAGGAAUAA